UCAAUAACCCGUUGGCCACAGUCGCGAACACAGUCUUGGUAUCGACGUACCGCCGCUGCCUGCCGCCGCUGCCGCAGCCGUCGAGCUACAUAUUAUUGUUGUUGUUGUUAUUGUCAUUGCCGUCAUCGUCGCGGUCGCCACCACCGACGCUGUUGUCAUUAGAGUGUCGUGCGUUUUUUCCGAAUUAAAAGUUUAUUUUCUAUUUCUCCGACCAUCUCAGUGUUGUGCGUACUACAUCCGCCGCAUUCUACCCUCGCACCACCGUUUAGUGGCCCGCGUCUCUGUGGAGUUCGCCCGUGUGUUCGUGUGUGUGUGUGUGUGUGUGUGUGUGUGUGUGUAUAAUUGUGUGCGUGUGUGUUUGUGUUGCCGCGUGCGUCCGUGAUCUAUAGUGCUUGUCAUUUCGUCCCCGGGGGACACUGGAAGAAUAUAACAACACAAGUUCCCGUCCGGUUUCGAUUUGGUCCUCGAAAUAUUGAUUCACAGCAUAAUAAUAAUAAUAAUAAUAAUAAUAAUAAUAAUAAUCGUAUUACCUAUACUAAUUUCAGCACACGCGAUUUGCCUACCAGAAUUCGAUAAUAAAUUAUACCAGAAUAUUAGAUUAAUUAUUAAUACGAAAAAGGAUUAUAAAUCUUCGACCAGUGUGACAGCCGCCACCGCCGCAAUAUACCUACGCGAAUCCGGGACGAAUAAAGCUCUCGCGAUAGAAUCUAUCGUCACGGUAAAUUUGUUUCCGUACAGAUAUAGGCGAACACGCGCAUUCUAGAGAGAGGCAUAAUAUUAUAAAAUCGCAUUAUUAGACCGAUUGUGCAGUGUGCGUGGGCGUAGGUACGCGUGUGUGUUGAUUGUAAACUUACCGCGGUUGUGUGUGUGUUGAUCUUGCCGCCGUCGAAUAUGAGCAUCGCUGCGUUAUUACAAGCCGCCGAGUACCUGGAAAGGCGCGAAAGAGGUAAGUUUACCGCGUCGCCACCGUACCCCCCGCCGCCGUUCGCCGACACCGCAGCCUCGACCGACGGAGCCGCCACCGCCGACCGCGUAAACACCGUCGUAUUUUUUGCAGAAGCGGAACACGGAUAUGCUUCGCCGAUGCCGAUCACGAUCGAUCUCAAAGGGUCUUCGAAGAGGCCAAAGAUGAAGAAGUCGCAGGGAAGCCGAACAACUCAUAAUGAACUGGAGAAAAACAGGCGAGCUCAUCUCAGAAACUGUUUAGAAAAACUGAAAGAAAUGGUUCCGCUGGGUCACGAAUCGUCCCGACACACGACUCUGGGCUUGCUGACUAAAGCCAAGCGGUUCAUAAAGAAUUUGGAAUCGCAGGAGAAAAAACACAUAAUGCACAAGGACACCCUGAGCCGAGAGCAUAGAUACCUGCGGCGGAGACUGGACCAGUUGACGACCACAUUAAAUGUGAACAAACGCCGUUCCGUGUCUGAGUCCAGUAGCUACACGACCGCGUCUGGUGCAUCGACAUCCUCGUCCGCGUGCAGCACGUCUUCGUCGCCAUCUAUAUCUGAAUCAGACGAAGUGGACGUGACCGGAUGGGUGAGCGACACGGGCAGCGUACAAUCUGGGUCCAGUGACAGCGGCGUUGCACUCUCUACUUGCCGCAUCACAUUAUCCGAAAUGGUCUUUUAGACAAAUCUGUACGGUGACCAAGACACGAGGAAGACGACGAACACGGCGACGAAGAUGAAUAAAAAAAAAUAAUAUAUUAAUAAAAAAAAAAAACUAUAAUUAAAAAAAAAAA